AUGGAUGCAGCUUACUUUCUACGUGUGCAGGUGCUGACAUUUCGGCUAAUGGGCUUUGACUUGUGGAAGAGCAACAGCACGAACGAUCAUCCGCAGAUAACGCUCGUGGUCAUCGGCAUGAUGAGCACAUUUUUGGGUCCAUUGUUCUUUUCCAUACUGCAUAACCUGACCAAUGUGAGCAUCAUGAGCGAUGCUAUGGGCUCCCUGCUGGCCAUUAUUCUAACCGUGGUCAAGUAUGCGGUCUUUGUGUAUUAUCGGAAGCACUUCGUUCAGCUGAUCUAUCGCAUACGCGACAUACUAGAGAAUGAGAUGCGAUCAUUGCCGGAGGCAGCUGCCAUUGUGGAAACGGAGAACCGCAGCGAUCAAUGGCUGAGCUUGACGUACAUGCGCUGCUUCUUUGCAGCGUGCAUUUUUGCUGGCAUCAAGCCGAUGGUUAUCAUGAUAACGACGCGGCUGCGGACGGGUCGCACUCACCUGGAGCUGCCGCAUUCGGGCGUCUAUCCGUGGAGCGACCAGGCCGUGUUUCCAUAUGCGCCCACUUACUUCUGGAACUUGAUGGCCAGCUACGGUGCGGUGACCAUGUCCCUGGCCAUGGACACGCUGCUCUUUGCGUUCACGUACAAUGUUUGCGCAGUCUUUAAGAUAGCCCAAUAUCGGAUUCGGCACCUGCUGCCUAUGGACGACGCGCCGCGGCGCGAGUUGGCGGAACUGGUGCAGGUGCUGCAGCUGCAUCAGAUUGGUUUGCAUAUUGGCACCCAGUUGGGCCAGAGUCUGCGACCCCUGGUGUUUAUGCAGUUCUUUGUGACGGCGCUGCAGCUGUGCUUUCUUGGCUUUCAGCUGGCCGACCUGUUUCCCUCGCUGGAAUGCAUCUACUUUGUCUUCUUUGUCAGCUCGUUGCUAAUUGCUCUGUUCAUUUAUUCGCACUGCGGCGAGAACAUGAAACAGGCCAGUGCAGACUUUGCCAUUGCGCUCUACGACAGCAACUGGGUGGACUUUGCCCCAGCCACCAAGCAGGCGCUCAUCUUGGCCAUAAUGCGAGCCCAGCGCCCCUGCCAGCUGAAUGGCUACUUUUUCGAGCCGAACAUGGCCACCUUUUCAGCGGUGGUUCGCUCGGCCAUUUCCUACGUUAUGAUGCUGCGCUCGUUCAAUGCGACAGGCCAGCAGUGA